UAUCAGUUUUAUUGUGGAAAGUACUUAGCCAUAUUAUCAUUCAAAUAAUGGGUGUUGAGCAUUAUUUGAUAUGCAUUUCCCAUAAACAUUACAAGAAACAACUUCAAUUGCAAACUGUGGAGCUUAAAGUUGCCAUGGAUUGUGAUGGAUGUGAACUUAAAGUCAAGAAAGCCCUCUCUUCCUUACGAGGGGUGAAAUCUGUGAAGAUAAAUAGAAAGCAACUAAAGGUGACAGUUAUAGGAUAUGUGGAAGCAAGCAAAGUAUUGAAGAAGGCAAAAUCCACAGGAAAAAAGGCAGAGAUUUGGCCAUAUGUCCCCUAUAAUUUAGUGGCUCAUCCCUAUAUUCCUCCAUUUUAUGACAAAAAAGCCCCUCCUGGCUAUGUCAGAAAUGCUAAUAAUGCUACUGUUGAGGACAAUAACAAUGCAAGUUUUCUCAAGUUUGAUGACCCUUCAAAUUUUGUCUCCAUCUUUAGUGAUGAUAACCCUAAUGCUGCUUGCUCCAUCAUGUAGUAAAAUCAAAUAUUAUUCCUUGCAUUCCAUAGCAAUUUUUGGAGUAAUAAUCGCGUGUAUAACAAUAACAUUUACCAAAAUCUAUCAAUAAUGAUAGAUUCUUUUAGAGAUAUUAUAUAGUUUAUCAAUAGUAGACUACAUAACUACAUUUAAAUUUUGUUACAUGUACA